CCGCAGAGCCUCCACUGUCCUGGCUGAGAGCGAGUGAGCGGAACGGCUUCCCCAGCGAGGAUGGAGGAGAAGGAGAGCAAGACCAAGAGGGAAGGGAAGCUGACGCCGGUUCUUGCCUUCGCAACGCUGAUCUCGGCCUUCGGGUCCUCCUUCCAGUACGGGUACAAUGUGGCUGCCAUCAACUCCCCUUCCCGGUUCAUGCAAGAAUUUUACAACGAGACCUACUAUGAUCGGAACACCGACUACCUGAGCGACUUCUCCCUGAAGCUGCUGUGGUCCCUCUCCGUGUCCAUGUUCCCCUUCGGAGGCCUCAUCGGGUCCCUCAUGGUCGGCUUCCUGGUGAAUAAGUUUGGGAGGAAGGGGACCUUGCUGCUGAACAACGUCUUCUCCAUCGGGCCCGCCAUCCUGAUGGGGUCCAGCGAAGUGGCCGGCUCCUUUGAGAUCAUCAUCGUGGCCAGGUUGCUGGUGGGCAUCUGUGCGGGCCUGUCUUCCAACGUCGUCCCGAUGUACCUGGGGGAGCUGGCCCCCAAGAACCUGCGGGGGGCGCUGGGGGUGGUGCCCCAGCUCUUCAUCACCGUGGGCAUCCUCGCGGCCCAGAUCCUGGGCCUCCGGAACGUCCUCGCCAACGAGAAAGGCUGGCCCAUCCUCCUGGGGGUGACCGGCAUCCCGGCGGCCGUGCAGCUCCUGCUGUUGCCCGUCUUCCCCGAGAGCCCACGCUACCUGCUGGUCCAGAGGAAGGACCUCGAGGCGGCCAGGAAGGCCCUGCGGCUGCUGCGCGGCUGGGACUUCGUGGAGGACGAGGUGGAGGAGAUCCGGCAGGAGUACGAGGCGGAGCAGGCCGCCGGCUUCAUCUCGGUGGUGAAGCUGUUCCGGAUCCGCUCCCUGCGCUGGCAGCUCAUCUCCAUCGUGGUGCUCAUGGCCGGCCAGCAGCUGUCCGGCGUGAACGCGAUCUACUACUACGCGGACACGAUCUAUGAGGAGGCGGGGGUGGCGAAAGACAACGUCCAGUAUGUGACGGCGGGCACGGGGGCGGUCAACGUGGCGAUUACCAUUUUGGCCGUGUUCGUGGUGGAGCUCCUGGGGAGGAGAAUCCUGCUGCUCCUGGGCUUCUCCGCCUGCUUCCUGGCCUGCUGCUUGCUCACGGUCGCCCUGGUUCUGCAGGCCACCGUCUCCUGGAUGCCGUACCUCAGCAUCGCCUGUGUCCUCAGCUACGUCAUAGGACACGCCCUGGGGCCCAGCCCCAUCCCCGCGCUCAUCAUCACCGAGAUCUUCAUGCAGUCCUCCCGCUCCUCGGCCUUCAUGGUGGGGGGCAGCGUGCACUGGAUCUGCAACUUCGCCGUGGGCUUGCUCUUCCCCUUCAUCCAGGAGGGCCUUGGGUCCUACUGCUUCAUCGUCUUCGGCGGCGUGUGCUUCCUCACCGCCGUCUUCGUCUUCUUCGUGAUCCCCGAGACCAAGGACAAGACGUUCAUGGAGAUCAACCUGACCUUCGCCAAGAUGAACCACGUGUCCGAGGUGUACCCUGCGGCCGGCGAGGAGCUGAAGGGGAUCCCCGAGCAGACGGAGCCCCCGGGCGGGAAGCAGCUCCCGGACAAGCUCACGCUGGUGUCGGAGGAGCUGCAGACGGUGGCGGACGGCCUGAGGGAGCUGCCCCAGAAGCUCAGGCUGGUGUCGGAGGACCUGAAGGUGGCUUCCGAGGCGCUCAAGGCCGUGUCGGAGGGGCUUCCCGAGGAUUCCAAGCAGCCCCCGCCCCCCACAGUGCGGCUGUGACCCCAGGGAGGAGCCUGCGGCGUGGUCCGGGGGGGCUCCCUCCUCGGGGUGUUGUUCUGAGCCAUCGUGGUCUUUGAACAUCCAGAACUGGACGGUCCGGGGUGGGUGCCCACAGGGCUGCUGUGCGGUUACUAAAGCCGGACCGACCCAUCCCCAGGCCCAGGCCACAGCGAGCAGCCGUCCUCCCACCGUGGCCGGGCCAGGCCAGCCACGGUGCGGCUGCCGUCACACCAGCUUUCAGGACAAAACGCAUCCGUAUGGCGGUGGGAUAGGAGGAAUCAAAUCUGGCCAGAGAAGCAAGCCUUUCUCCAAUCCCAGGGGUCUUCUGGGGGCCUGUGUUCAGAGCAGAAUCCGUCCUCCUGUCGCAUCUACUCUCUCGGAAAGGGUGAGGUCACAAGUGACGAGGUCCAGGAAGUUGGAGGACAGGUCCCUGUGGAGACUUGAACCAAGUCACGGACUCUUAAUCCUAAAUGACAUUGUGAGAGGACAGUGGAAUUGCCUCGGUAUAUUCAAUAAAACAGAUGUGAUCAUUUUUUCACCAA